AACCACUCACGCACCAGAGCCACCAAAGGAAUCAAUCAAUCCCUUGGGAGACACCAGCCAAAAUGUCGAAAAUCUCUGUUGCCGGCGUUCGUGGAAACGUCAAGGAGCUCCUCGAGUACUCCAACGAGACCAAGAAGCGCAACUUCCUCGAGACCGUCGAGCUCCAGAUCGGCCUCAAGAACUAUGACCCUCAGCGUGACAAGCGUUUCAGCGGAACCGUCAAGCUGCCCACCGUCCCCAGGCCCCGCAUGGCUCUUUGCGUGCUCGGUGACCAGCACGACAUCGAUCGUGCCAAGCACCACGGUGUCGAUGCCAUGAGCACUGACGACUUGAAGAAGCUUAACAAGAACAAGAAGCUCAUCAAGAAGCUCGCGCGCAAGUACGACGCCUUCAUCUCCUCCGAUGCCUUGAUCAAGCAGAUCCCCCGUCUCCUCGGACCCGGUCUCUCCAAGGCUGGAAAGUUCCCCACUCCCGUCUCCCACAACGAGGACCUCGCCAACAAGAUGACCGAGGUCAAGUCCACCAUCAAGUUCCAGUUGAAGAAGGUGCUCUGCAUGGGUGUCGCCAUCGGCAACGUUGGCAUGACCGAGGAUGAGUUGAUUGGUAACAUCAUGUUGGCCAUCAACUACCUCGUCUCACUGCUGAAGAAGGGCUGGCAGAACGUGGGCUCAUUGACCAUCAAGGCCACCAUGAGCCCCCCCAAGCGUCUCUACUAGAGAGUUGUUGAAGGUGUCUGCUGGGUUUAUGAGGUGUGUGCUGUCGAAAGACGGCUCACUACGACUGAUGAUCUCACGGAAUGACAAGGAAGGAUGGGCAGUAGUGUAGACCGAAAUGCAUGCAUGAAGCCCACCACAAAUGAUAUCCCUAACAACCAUGC